AAAGCAAAUAAAUUAUAAAUAAAUCAAGGAGAAGGAUUCCUUCGCCGUUGCCGUGUAGGGUUGGUGCAAUGUACCUCAUGAUGACACGUGUCCCUUCCCAAUAGGCGGACACGGGCUGGCAAUUUCGUAAUAAUUCGGUCAUUACGUCUUUAAAUUGAUCCCAUCUCCUCCGUUGCCAAUCGCUCAUUCAUCUGUCCACAGCUCCAAUUUCUGAAUUUCUUUGUCAAAGCCUUCUACUCUCUCUCUCUGUCAGGAUGCAGAUCUUUGUCAAAACUCUUACCGGCAAGACCAUCACUCUCGAAGUCGAGAGUUCUGACACCAUCGACAAUGUCAAGGCCAAGAUCCAGGACAAGGAAGGAAUUCCCCCGGACCAGCAAAGGUUGAUCUUUGCUGGAAAGCAACUAGAGGAUGGCCGCACCCUCGCUGACUACAAUAUCCAAAAGGAGUCCACCCUCCACCUGGUCCUCCGUCUGAGGGGUGGAAUGCAGAUCUUCGUCAAGACCCUCACCGGAAAGACGAUCACCCUUGAGGUUGAAAGUUCGGACACCAUCGACAAUGUCAAGGCCAAGAUCCAGGACAAGGAAGGCAUUCCCCCAGACCAGCAAAGGCUCAUCUUCGCUGGAAAGCAACUCGAGGACGGUCGUACCCUUGCCGACUACAACAUCCAAAAGGAAUCCACCCUCCACUUGGUUCUCCGUUUGAGGGGUGGGAUGCAGAUCUUCGUGAAGACCCUUACUGGAAAGACUAUUACCCUCGAGGUUGAAAGUUCCGACACUAUUGACAACGUCAAAGCCAAGAUCCAGGACAAGGAGGGUAUUCCCCCCGACCAGCAAAGGCUCAUCUUUGCUGGAAAGCAACUUGAGGAUGGACGAACCCUUGCCGACUACAACAUUCAGAAGGAAUCAACCCUCCACCUGGUGCUUCGUCUUAGGGGAGGCAUGCAAAUUUUCGUCAAGACCCUCACCGGGAAGACUAUCACCCUCGAAGUGGAAAGCUCUGACACCAUUGAUAAUGUCAAGGCUAAGAUUCAAGACAAGGAGGGUAUUCCCCCAGACCAGCAGAGGUUGAUUUUCGCCGGCAAGCAGCUUGAGGACGGAAGGACUCUUGCUGAUUACAACAUUCAGAAAGAGUCCACCCUUCACUUGGUGCUGAGGUUGAGGGGCGGCAUGCAGAUUUUCGUCAAGACAUUGACUGGGAAGACAAUCACCCUUGAGGUGGAGAGCUCUGAUACCAUAGACAAUGUCAAGGCAAAAAUUCAGGACAAGGAGGGAAUCCCACCAGACCAGCAAAGGUUGAUCUUUGCUGGUAAGCAGCUUGAGGAUGGACGCACUCUGGCGGAUUAUAACAUUCAGAAGGAGUCAACCCUUCACUUGGUGCUUAGGUUGAGAGGAGGAAUGCAGAUCUUUGUGAAGACUUUGACCGGAAAGACCAUCACCCUAGAGGUGGAGAGUUCGGACACAAUUGACAAUGUGAAGGCUAAGAUUCAGGAUAAGGAGGGGAUCCCACCAGACCAGCAGAGGUUGAUCUUUGCUGGUAAGCAAUUGGAAGAUGGCAGGACCUUGGCUGACUAUAACAUCCAGAAGGAGUCCACCCUCCACCUUGUCCUCCGUUUGCGCGGUGGCUUCUAAAUGCUGUACUCUGUUGAAGCUGUCUUGGUGUUGAACUGAACUUGCCUUGGUGUUAUCGUGCAUGGGUGGUCGGACCGUCAAAUAAAGCCAUUUUAUAUGGAUCUUUUAAUAGUGUUUGUGGCCGUGUUUUCUGGGAUUGGUGGCGGUGUUUGUUUGUUAAACAGCUUGUUAUGGGAAAAUUGGAUGUGUUACCUGUAUUUUGAAUAAAUUUCAUUUUCGUUGAGAAUGGAACUUUUACUAUGUCCUUUUAUA